UGAUUAGAAAAGAAAUAAAUAAAUGUCAACCUUAAAAAAAACCUUUGAAUUUUAAUGUCUAAAAAAUCAGAAAAAUAAAUAAAUUUUAAACAACAAUUAUAUUGAGUAAAAAAAAAAAAAUGGAUCGUAUUUCUAGACUAUAUAAUAAAGACGUAAAUUUUCGGCCAAAAAUGGAUAGAGUAUGGUCUCGUCAUUCAAUUAACGAAAGAAUAAAAUAUACUCCACCAGAAUCAACUGAUAAAUUGUCAGUUAAAAAUUUAGAAAGAAUAAAUUAUUCUGGUCUUUGUGGUAAUUGUCAUUUGACUGUUCGUCAUGAUAAUACAACUGAUUUCGAAAAUACCACAAUGCCAUUUAAAUGUAAUCGUGGUCACUUGAUGUGUCAAAAAUGCGUUCAACACUUUAACAUUCAAUCAGAUAAAUCAUGUAAUCUUUGUGGCAGUGAAUCAUCAAAUUCAUACUCAAGUUUUGAAAGUUUAACUGAUAAUUCAAAUUUAAAAUUACGUAAUAAUGAUAAUUCAAAUUAUUGUGAAACUGAUAAUUCAUCACAAAAUCAAAAUAAUAUUAAUAAAAAUGAAUAUCAACCAAGUGUAUCAUCAUCAGUUACAAAAUUAAUAAGUCAAAUGACAAAUGAAUGUUCACGUCGACCAAUACGUUGUCCACGUUUAGAUUGUGCUGUUAAUGUUGCAUUUUCAUCUCUUACACAUCAUUUUUUAUUUGAUCAUCCAGAAGUACCAAUAUUAUCAAUUGAACCAAAUAACAAAACAACACUUAUUGUAUCAUUUUCUGAUCUACCAUGUGAUUCAAGUCUUUGUAUUGCUCUUCUUCUUGUUUCCAAUAAACUCAGUGGUACAACAGCAAGGUUAUUUAAUGGUAAUCAUAUUCAUCCAAAUUAUCGUGAUCGAUUACCACUUCCAGUACUUAUUUCACGGCUAAAUACAUCAGGACAAAAAAAUGAUGUUAUUAUUGCUUGGAUUGCAGGUCUUGAUAUUGCAAGUGUUGGUUUAAUUUUUUGUAGCAUUCAAGUAAUUGACAGUAUUGAUGAUGAUGAUGAUGAUAAAGUACGAUCAUUAACAUAUACUGGUCCAAUAAAUUCAUUAAAAACAGCUCAAAAACCUCAAGAAGUUUUUAACACUGGUGAUUGUAUUGUACUUCAUGAAGGAUUAUUAAAAAAUUUAAUGAUAAAUUCAACAAAUUUUUAUGUCAAUAUUGUUAUCCAUUAAAUAUUUAUCUAUAAAACAUUUUUUAUAUAAAAAAAAAAAAAAAAAUUAUAUAGCAAUAACAAAGUGAAAAAAAAAAACAAAUUGUUUUACUUUUUUUUUUUUUUCUAAUUAUAUUUAUAAUAUUUGAUAGAUAAAUAUAUAUAAAGUAUGUAUAAUGAUGUAAAUUAAAAAUAUUUAAAAAAAAAAAAAAU